AUGAAAACUUCUACCAUCUCAGCAACUUUACUUCCAGCCAUCAUUGGAGAGGCCAUUGCAGAAGACAGCAGCAGUAGCACUAGUUCAAGAAGUAUCGAUGUGGCAGCCUUACAUUCAUCUAUUUUUUCGUCAAUGUCAGUGGCAGCCGCAGAGGCAAGCAUAAUUAUAUCCUUAUAUUCGGCUCAUUCAACAGACGCAUCAGUUAGAUCCAGAUACUCUGCAUAUUUAUCUAGUUCCAGCUCAAAUGCCGCCUACCUAUCCUCGUAUUAUGCACAACAUUCCGAAAGAGCUUCCUCAUAUUUAUCCGAACAUUCUACCGACACUUUUAUGCAAUCUGCCAAUACCAAACUUUCUUCUAUGGUGAGUCAAGCAACUGCCUCUUCAUCAUCAUCAGGCAGUUCAUCCAACGGGGUGGCUGAAAAUCUAGCAUGCUCUGGUCUCUUUAUUGGAGUUGCAGCCGGUGCUAUAGGUUUAUUAUUAUGA